AUGACCACGCUCGAACAAGAGGCUGAAUCUCUCGUGCACUCGAGUGACCCAAAUCAUCCUGCUAAUCACAUCUGCACGCUUUGCGCCAAGUUCUACACCUUAGGCUGGGUACGCUUCACGAAGAAGGGUGGCAGUGCUGGAACAGGAGGAGGGACAAGCAUUCGCCAUGAAGACAAAAUCUACAUUGCGCCCAGCGGAGUCCAGAAGGAGCUCAUGAAGCCAACCGACAUGUUCGUAAUGGACUUCAACACCAAAGAAUACCUUCGAAAACCCCAGGUCCUCAAACCCUCAGCCUGCACCCCUCUUUUCCUCGCCGCCUUUGAACGCGGCGCGGGCUGCUGCAUCCACACCCACUCCCAAUGGGCCGUCCUCGUCACCCUCCUUGUAGAACGCGACUUUGGACUCGAGGCCUGCUUUGAGAUUGAAGAAAUCGAGCAGAUUAAAGGGAUACCAAAAUUCCGCGGUGGGCGCGAGAACCUGGGCUACUAUGAUCGACUCCAGAUACCCAUUAUUGAGAACACGGCGCACGAGGAGGAUUUGCGGGAGAGCUUGGAGGCGGCCAUGGAGAAGUAUCCAAAUUCAUACGCUAUAUUGGUUAGGAGACAUGGCAUAUAUGUAUGGGGCGACAACGUACACAAGGCAAAGACACAGUGCGAGAGCAUAGACUACAUCCUCCAACUCGCUGUCGAGAUGAAGAAACUAGGCCUACCGUGGACAAAAUCAUGA